AUGACUGGCCGUGGAAAGGGUGGAAAGGGUUUGGGAAAGGGAGGAGCAAAGCGUCAUAGAAAGGUUUUGCGUGAUAACAUCCAAGGUAUUACCAAACCAGCCAUUCGUCGUCUUGCUCGUCGUGGUGGUGUGAAGCGUAUUUCUGGAUUGAUCUACGAAGAAACACGAGGUGUACUGAAGGUAUUCUUGGAAAAUGUUAUCCGAGAUGCCGUCACUUACACUGAGCAUGCCAAAAGGAAGACUGUAACUGCCAUGGAUGUAGUUUACGCUUUGAAGCGUCAAGGAAGAACCCUUUACGGUUUUGGUGGUUAA